UGGGUAAAUAAAAGCACGUAACUGUUGAGUGCCGAGAUACUACGCAACUGCCUGUCAUAUCUCGAAGUCUCGGUACUACUGCAGGUUACACAAGUAGCUGCUUUAACUUCCCUCCUCUUUUAUGUCGCCUUCCCAUAGCAUCGUCGGGCUGGAGAAGCUUGAAACUUGCCGUAAAGCGCUAUUGAAAGCCAGUCCUCAAGAUCUGCAAGAUGUCCAACUACUUUCAGAAGCCACAGAAAUCAUUCUGAGUCCUCAAGAAGAAAAGCUCCACCUCAAACUGCUGGAGUUGCUCCUUGCACUUUUACGGCAGCUUACUACAGUACUAUCACUAUCGCCCAAUGGACCAGUUCGCUCCUUGGCGCAGGACAGACUAGCGCCUGAAUUUCAACCUGGAAAGCCCCUCAUAUUAUUCCUUUCAGCAAAUAUUGAUCAUGGGCUCAAGGUUCAACAAACACGUUCAGUAGAGGUGCUUGCGGCAGCCGCCAAAUUGGCGGUCACCAUAUCGUCCCAGGGUAUAUUGGCCUCGUCGGCCUCAUCUGCGGCACGCCAUGACAACUUCAUGGUCCCAUUAUUCACAUGUAUUGCCGGCGGAGACGUCACAAAUCGUGGUGACUUGUCAAUUCUGAUCGCUUUACUUCCAUACAUCCCGCCUAGCGCAAUUCCCUCAAGUUUGUUCGAUAAACUCUUAAGCGAAUUACACGUGGCUCACAACGCCAGUGUACGUUGCCAUUUGGCCGCCGAUCUUGCCAUUGUCCUUGGUGGUGCAUCCCUAGCGGCUCCCUCUUCCAAUCUACCAUCCACUCCUGAACAACAGAAGCGUAUUCUGUUGCCACUACGUUCUGCCUUUGCAACUUCCCAACCGUCAUCCACUUUACUUCAUGUGUCGCGAUAUUUAUUGCCACGCCUUUUCAGUCUCUUUCCUUCCUUACUUUUAACCCUUUUAUCCAUGCUAGGCGCACCGGAUCCUGUUUACGGGGCAUGGGUAGCUGUUGCGUCGAUUGGCGUGCAACAGGGAUUAAUCAGCAUAGAGGAUCUACCGCAAGAAGAUGUCAUGGUUGUCUUAGAAAGUGACGAGCCUGAAACACGGUUAAGGGCAUUUGAGCUUGUGAGCGGGCGAAAAGAGUAUACGGAAAGCGUUAUAGAAUUGAUCAAAUUGAGUUUCAAGCGUAACGAAGCCCUCUCAAGUGCCGGUGCUCGUUCUGCUUUCUCCUCAGCUACCUAUGCUUUUUUCGUCCGUCUUCAUCAGUAUGAGACUUUGGCGCGUCGUACGCUGCGCAAAUUAUCUAAACAACCCAAUACGUCUUCUACGGUCACCGAAGCCACACAACUGCGAGGAUCACUCUCCAAAACAGCGGAUUUCCACUCUUGGUUUCUUCAUUUCAUCCAUGAUAAUCUAUGGCACGCACGAAGAUACCCUGUUUUUAGGGUGUUAUUGGUGCUAAAUUUGCUAGGAAGAUACUUGGAGGUGUUUGGUGAUGAUGAAGGAGUACAAGGCAAGAUCUAUACACAAGACAUGGUGGAAAAUCUGCUUGCUUGCCAAGCAAGCGAAUUCACAGAGGUGCGAUCCAGAGCGCGCAAGAUCCUGGAUGACGCCAAGGUUUCGCUGACUGGUUACGAGUCCCUUCAUACACCAUCCGCACAAGCUUUGCUUGUCUCAGCUUUUGCCUCGUUGGAUCAUCCUCGAAAGACCCAAGCCGAGGCAGGUAAAGCUGCCCUUUGCAUUCUUUUUGGGAAAGUCGUCCACUAUGGCACAGUAAGAGAGUCUUUGGAGUUUGUGCAGAAUAUAAUUACGAAGCUGGAGAAGGGAGUUGAGGUUAUCGAAAGAGACUUGGUGCAAAUAGAAAAUCAUCCUCUUCAUGGUUUACUCGGAGCCAUCAAGGACGUCAUCCUAUGUCUGAACAUCAAGACAGUUGAAGCACAGCAAACUUGGUCUCCGAUAUUCCGUCAACUUAUGUCUCUUGUUAUUCGUAUCUGGAACGCAACUCGUGCUGUCAUUUCCCUGGCCCCCUCUGGACUGGUGUCUGCGGACGAAAACGGUGUGGAAGGUAGUGCCAGGGCUGAUCACGAAAUAGCUAGGGCCUAUGAGGUGCUCGGCGGAGGGGAAGAAGGAGAAGAGGAAGAUGGGAUGGAUCAUACGGGACUAUUAUUUGGCUGUUGGCGAGCAACUAUGACAGCUGGGGAGCUGCUAGCUGCCAUUUUCAUUUUACCCCUCGCACGAGGCGGUCCGUCUCAGCUCAUUUGGUCGGUUCAGGACGUCAACGCUGCUGGCACAACGUUCCUCACUUGGUUGCAUGAGAUUCGACACCGCGGUACUUUUUCAAAGCUUGCCAACGCCUUUGCUCAACUGGUAGAGGCAGUACGGGCGAUUGAAAGCCUGCAAAGUCUAUGCGAUGAUUGGUUAACAGAUGAAUUGAGAGCAAUUUCUUCUGACCAGCAUUCAACCACUAGGCGAUCGGCUGCUUUACCGUAUAGUAUAUUGUCAAUCGUAUCCAAUUCUGAGGCACUGCUGGAAAAGGCAGUGACCUCGCUCCUCGAGUUUGCCAAGGUUGAAAAUGCGUCGACGUCAAAUGUCACCAAAGUUCAUGCGCUAAAUGUCCUCAAAAUCGUAUUGCUCGAUGCCAGACAAACUAAGUGGUUUGAUGUGUGGUUUGAGCGAAGUGUGAUCACUGCUCUUCAGGCCUUUGAAUCACCAGACUGGAAUGUUCGGAAUGUUGGUCUUAUUCUCUUUUCCACUCUCGUCCACCGUUGCCUUGCCCCUCCUCGUGGUGGGCAAGAUUAUUAUCGCUCCCGAACAACACUCGCCUCUCGCAGGCCUUUUUCCCUAUUCCAUAACAAAUAUCCUCUCAUUCUUCCAUUUCUUAAGGAGUAUCUCACCAAGGGUUCAAAUCCUGACUGCCAGACUCGCAUCAGACAUUCACCUUUACUUCCCAUUUUGAUCAUUGUCAGAAGUCUCAGAUGGUCAGACAAAAACUCAGAGAUGCUUUCUGAUUUGGCACGAGCUGUAGAGCCUUACUUGAGAAGCAGGGAAUAUCAGAUCAGACAAACAGCUGCCCAAGCCCUAUCAUCGACAGUUUCUCCGUCUGAGGCCCUUCAACGUGCCCUCUCUAUAGAAAAUUAUCUUUCUCCGUCUCCAGAGAUGGCCAAUGAGACGCACGGUUACAUAUGUUUCCUCCGACAGCUUAUCAGCAACUUCAUCGAAUGGGAAACUGUUAAUGCUGAAUCACGGGCUGGCAUCGACAACAUCCUGCUGCGCCUUGUAAAAGAGUACAUCCCCGGAACUCAUCCCACCAUCACCGCCGACGUUAUCGGUUGUGUAGAGUCAUACCUGGUUUGCACAAGCGUGGGAAAGGGAUCACUCGUCACUGAGAUUACUUCCCGUGCUCAGAAAUAUAUGAAUCGGGCGAGUCGCGCAUUCGUGCCUGCGGAGGAGUUCCGUCUUGCGGCUUGUGCUGCUGUCCUGUCCACCCAUGCUGCCUCGCCAUCGAUCAUCUUAUCUCUCUUAGGUUCUUCAUCCAGUGAGGCCUCAAACAUCGUUAUUCUUGAAAAUCUCUGGCAUCUUCAAGAAUCCUACUCACCGGAAUUAGUGGAUCGUGUUAUAUCGUUAGGGGUGAGAGGGAAAGCAGGCGAAGGCAUUCAGUUAAAGGCUUUGAAUGUGCUUUCAGAGAUCACAUGGCAAUCAGUGGACUGCGACGCUUUGGCGGAAUGGAAAGAGAAGGGUGGCCGUUUUGAGUCAGUUUGCGAGGCGUUGGACAGGAUUGUGAUAAACUCAAAAUGUGUACCAAUCAGGGAAGCCGCGUUGGUGGCAUUGGCUUGGGCUCUCCAUCAUGCGCUUACCAACUCCCCGGGAGAGAGUAAAAAAGUGAUCCCAAUGUAUGGAAGAUUGGCCCAAUAUGUCCUCCGCGCCUCUCAUGAAGAUGAGUCCCAACCGGCUCGCUUCGCCGCUUACAAAGCUUUGACUCACCUUACUUCCCAUCUCGUUCAUCUACCGCAUCCCUCAUUCCAUCAAACCCUUAUACGCUUGGCACAGGAUGAUGAUGAAGAAAUUCGCCAUGGCGCUGCAAGGAUCAUCGUCGGUAUGCUCGGAGACGAAAAAAGUGUAGUACAGCAGAGGGCUGUAGAAAUGUGGUACGAUUGGGCCACUCGUCUGUUGUCGGGCUUUGACAGAGAUAGCGAUGAACUCGGACAGUGGUUGGUUUGGAUUUCAGAUCUGGCCCAGGAUCACAAAGGUUACGAACACGAUGUCAAGACUCUGAAAGGCGGGGUUGAUUCGGAAGUGCUAUUUGAAAUUGAGCCCUCCAACAUCUUCCGUGAUCCUCUCGUGGAUGUCUUCUACGCGUCCAGAUUGCUAUCCAAUCUUAGAUUAGCUGGACUUCUCGGUGAUCGUUUGUCGCAUCUUGUCCCUGAAACAAAGACGCGGCCGGAAAUCCACCUCAUUGAAAAUGUUACGCAGACGCCCACUACAGUCACGACGGCCUGUGAUGAUAGUAACCUUCAAUCUCCUGAGCACGCCGAGUACUUGGAAUUGGAUCGUGUAGCAAAAGAACCAUGUGUCAGCAGCCCGAGUCCGAUCGACGAUGCGUGGGAAGCUAGGAGGAGCUUUAUGCGAAGAAAAAAAUUACAGAGGAUGAUUGUUCCAAAGGAAGGCUGUCGGCAGGAAUCCCGAUGAAAAAGGAAGACAAGGAAGUGGCGGUGACGCAUGGUGAUUAACGCCUGAAAUUGGAAGGGGACGCGACAUAUCUCAAAUCACAGACGUAAGAGCUGCUUUAACAUUGAUAAUCAAUGACUAGAUCUAUUGCCAUGCCAUAAAUGUAUGUAUG